CUCCAUGGACAUCACAAGAAACAGCAACACCAAACUCCAUCUUCAAACUCAGUCUUUGUUUCCUCCUAAUAUGGAGAAAACUGUAGAUCUGGAGCCAAGAAUGAACACAAACCCAUUUGAAGAAGAUUCGCUUAUAAGCAGAAUCAACCCAAAUAAAAAUGCAGACCUAAGCAGUAGCAGCAGCAGUAGUGAUAUGGUAAAUGAAAGAAGAGAGAGUUUCUCAUCACAAAAGAGCAUUGGAGAAGGAAGAAGCAGUGGGCAGAGAAGAGUGAUGCUAAUGGAGUCUCCUUGCACUCCAGGUAGAGGAGUCUUCAGUUUCAGUAGCAAUGUCUCUGGGAGAAGAAGAAACUUUCCUUCUAAAUGGGUCGAUGCAGAGAAAUGGGUCACCUCCGGUCAUGAAUCUCCGGCACAUUCCCUCAAAGUUGUUUACUCGGAGAAGUCUAGGGUUACAGAGGAGAAAGUCUCAUUAUCUCCACCAGAUAAGUUAGCAAACGAAGUGCUCCCAUCAACGGAAGGGUUUAUAUUCAGAGAUUCCGACAAGUUUCUCCAAUUUCAGGAAGAAGAAGAAGCUCAAGUUCAACACAGAGACAUGGGAACAGAGAUGACACCAACCGGAAGCGUAACGGCUUCAAGAUGUCACACGCCAUUUAAAAGCAUGUCUCCGGCUAGACACAACACGCCUUCGAAAAUGUCUGGUCCGUUAACAGAAACUAAAAACGUUAUAGACAUCUCCGAGUUCGCCGACAAGCUACGACUCAGUGGGUCAGCAGCGACUCAGUACUAUAGCUCGGUCACUCAUUGGAACUCGAGGGAAGAGGAAGAAGAAGAGAUAUCGAAGAGCUUAAGACAAAUAGACAUGGAAAGUGAGUUACGGAGAAGUGUUUCAGAAUCUAAAGCUGUUUUAUGGGAUGGUCAAGACGACAAGAUCAAGUUUUGCCAAAGAUAUCAAAGAGAAGAAGCCAAGAUCCAGGCAUGGGUGAAUCUCCAAAAUGCUAAAGCAGAAGCUCAGUCCAAGAAACUCGAGAUGAAAAUACAGAAGAUGAGAUCAAAUUUUGAAGAGAAACUGAUGAAGAGAAUGGACACGGUGCACCGGAGAGCAGAGGACUGGAGAGCUACGGCGAGGCAGCAACAUGCUGAGCAGUUGCACAGAGCAGCUGAAACGGCGAGGAAGUUAACAAACCGUCGUGGCUACUUGGUUUCUGGGCGAAGCUCAUGUGGUUGUAUUCCUUACACUAAUACUUGUCACUAAUUUUAAAGAAGAGAAAGUAUAUUACAAAUGGACA